CGACGCUUCUCAUUCAAUUACAACUCCUACAAUUGAUACGCAACAUGACGCGCUUUCAACUAGAACAGCCGGCCGGCGAGUACCGUCAAUACCUGCCGGAUCUGAGCUUGAAACGGUUCCAGGUGAUGCGCACUCAGGAUGCCCAUGAAUAUGCCCAUGAUUUCAAGACAUUGCGCAAUCCACCAUGGCUGCAUGCUUUAUAUAUGCAUUGGUUGGACUUACUGCAGGAACCAUUUAAGGGGGUUACAACCGACGGAAAUGUACGGCCUGGUCUCUUCGCAUUGCAAGAUGAAGAGGUACCCAUCGAUCACAUUGUAGAAUCAGUUGAGUCUUUACUAUCUAUAGUAGAUGACAAACAAUACCAGGCACUAUCAUAUCACAUUGACUCGCCCGAUUGGCGCACAUGGUCAAACCCCGAAUUCCUCCUUAGCAACAAAGGCCUCCGUCUCGACGAAGUCAACACCGCAACCCGCGACGCAAUUCUCAACGUGUUAAAGGCCACACUGUCGUUGGAAGGCUAUGAAAAAGCCAUCAAAGCCAUGCGCGUCAACCAUUUCUUAGGCGAGCUCGUUGAAUCAACGAAGGUGAUGAACGAGUUUUCCUACAAUUUCGUCCUCUUCGGGCGCCCCUCUACUACUAGACCUUGGGGCUGGUCAUUCUACGGCCACCACCUCUGUUUGAAUGUGUUCCUAUACAAGGGACAGAUCGUCGCCUCUCCGUGGUUCACCGGCGCAGAGCCCAACGAGAUCGACGCUGGUCCGUAUGCAGGCACCCGCAUCAUGCAGGUCGAGGAGGAGCUCGGUCUCCGACUCAUGCAGUCGCUAAGCCCGGACCUCCAGAACAAGGCCCGCGUGUAUGACCAAAUGCACGACCCCGACAUGCCGCCCGGACGCUGGAACCGCGAUGACCAGCGGCACGUGUGCGGGGCGUAUCGGGAUAACCGAGAGGUUCCAUAUGAGGGGAUCCUCGCUUCGUCACUCAACGAUGAGCAGAAGAAGUUGCUUUACGGGGCCUUGGAACAGUACCUACUGUACCUGCCGGCACAGUCUCGGAAGAUGAAAUUGGACCAUGUGCGGCAAUUCGAGUCGGAGACUUAUUUCUCCUGGAUUGGUGGAUCUCGGGAUGAGGAUCCGUUUUAUUAUCGGAUCCAGAGUCCCGUUAUUCUGGUUGAGUUUGAUCAUCACUCGGGUGUAUUCCUGAACAACGAAGAGCCGAAGAAGUUCCAUAUCCAUACUUUGCUCCGCACACCAAACGGUGGUGAUUAUGGUUAUGCGCUCCGGCCGUUGAUUCCGGCUGUGGAAGGAUUAGUGGGGAAGGAGAUUACGUGGAAGCCGGCUCUUUAGAUAUUGCUGGUAUAUGAUGUGAUGCAAUAGAUGUAUAUAUGUUUCAGCGAAAAGCAGAGUCAACCCUCCUAGUCUCAGCAUCAAUGAUGGACUUUCAUCUUGCCGAAA